CUCCAGUGGUGUCGUCCUCCCCCCCUCCCGCCCCCGCUGGCGUGUGGCGGUGGGGGCGGACGGGGCGAUGGAGGGGCUGCCGGGGCCGCGGGAGCCGAGCAGGAGGGUAUCCAGGCUGCUGGAGGGGGUGUUGUCCGGCGGCCGGCCGCUGCAGCGGGACGAGAUGGAGCUGCUGCUGCGGAGCCGGGGGGCGGACCACGAGGCGGUGUGUACGGCAGCGGACGAGUUGCGGCGCCGUACAUGCGGCGAGGAGGUGUCGUACGUGGUGAACCGCAACAUCAACUACACCAAUGUGUGCACCUACAAGUGCUCCUUCUGCGCCUUCAGCAAGGGUCGCACCGGCGAGC